AUGCUACAUGCCGUACCUUUGGGCCUGGUUCUGGUCGGGGGCGAUCUACCCUUGCUCACUGCCCGCACACCCAUGCUUACGUCUAAGAUCAACGCUCGAUCCCCGACAGUGAUCGACAAGUGUGACCUUAACAACAAAUCUAGUGUGGGAAUCAAACUCAACGACCAUCAACCUCUGAUCACAGCUUUGACGCACGCGGCGCGCCCAGUACACGUGUCCCACACCCUGCGUAAGAGCACGGAGUAUAUGCAUAUAAUGCACCUGCAACCAAAUAUAUGCACCAUGGCGUCCUCACCUCCUGCCUGCGGCACGCUGUGCUUACCGGGCACGGCAGCUUCGGUAGCUUCCUGUUUCGGAUUCGAAAACAAGGAGGCGGAGCUCGUGAAGGAGCUACCGUCCUCCUCACGCCCCAGCCGCCGCAAUAGGCAACAUUCCGGGCGUCGGGGAUCGAGAGAUGAUCUCCAGCCACCGUUUGCCACUGUUUUAGUCAAGAGCCUGACACUCUCUCCCACCCCAUCCUGGGUGAAAGAAGUCAUUUGA